UAAAUUCAAACGCUAGGAGUGUGUCAUUUGAAUGAGUUGCUGUUGUCAGAAACAGCAUAGAACAACCGUAAACAGGAAUAGCAGAAACGACGACUAUCAUUAGGUAUGUCCACCAUGGAUGAGAACACCCCGCCGGCACAAAUGGCGAGAGGGAAGACAGUGAGUGGUAGCCCUUCCGUCAGAUCUGUGCUGAAACCAAUGGAAAACUUUGUACAGCUUCAGACACCUGUCACCAAAAAUGUUAAGGUGCCUUCCCAGCCAUCUCCACUUGCCCCAGCACCUGCCACCAGCAACAGUGAGGCCAAUGCCGUAUCAGCAGACUCUGAUGAUGAAAUACAGUUCCAAACCAAGGCCUAUACAUAUGAUGAGAACACAGAUCCUUUCCAAUCCAAGGGAGGUCUGGCCAAUUCUCUUGGCACAUCCGUACCAGCUUCUUCCAUCUCCAGUGUUGCUUCAUCCCCAGCAAGGGUUGUUGACUCUCCAGUAAGGAGUAAGGAAGAUAUGGAUCCUUUCAAGACAAACUCUCAGAUUGCCAACUCUCCUGUAGUUGCCUCUGUAUCCAGUGAUGAAGACAGUAUUCUGGCUUCCAUGACAGGACAGGCAGAUGCACAGGAUGAAGAUGCUCCCAAGACUGAAGCUCAGCUUCAGAAUUCACCCACAAAGGAAAUAAAAAAUACACCUAUCAAGGGUUUACCUGACAAUUUGGAUGUCGAUCCAUUUAAACCCAAAUCUCAGAUUGCAAAUUCUCCUGUGAUUCCUUCUGCUGAGGUAUCCACUGGUUUGCCUGACAGCUUAGAUGAGGUUGACCCAUUUAAAUCUAAGAACAUGGUUAAAAACUCACCAGUUAAAUCUGCAGCACAGAACACUGGGGAACCAGCCGAAUGUUCCAAGCUUUUGGAGAAUGGUGAACCGAAGAAACAGGGUUCAGACCAGAAGUCUGACUAUGCAUCACCUAAACGUGAGUCGACUGAAGGACUGCCAGACAGUCUUGAUGGUACCGAUGUUUUCAAACCCAUGGUCCAGAUGGUCAACUCUCCAUGCCAGAAUUCAACCAUUAACUCAACAAUGGGAACUGCAGAUCUCACUGUGAUUGAGAAUUUGCUUGAUGAUAUUGAUCAGAUGGAUCCCUUUCAACCCAAGUCACAAAUCAUGAAUUCACCAGUCAAAACCUUAACCGAAUCUACUGAUUUGUCUGAAUCAUUUGAGGAUGUAGACCCAUUCAAGCCUAAGGCUCAGAUUCAGAACUCUCCCUUUAAAGAAAGCCAUUCUAGUCUUCCUGAAAAUUUAAAUGAUGUUGACCCUUUUAGACCCAAGUCACAAAUGCAAAAUUCUCCCCUUAAAGAAACUCCAUCAAAAACUGCAGAAGUAACUGGGGGCCUUCCAGAAAAUCUUGACGAUGUUGAUCCUUUCAAAAGUAAAUCACAAAUACCAAAUUCCCCUCUCCUAGAAACAUCAUCUGUAGCAACUGGGAGCCUUCCAGAAAAUCUUGACCCAUUCAAGCCUAAGGCUCAGAUUCAGAACUCUCCCGUUAAAGAAAGCCAUUCUAGUCUUCCUGAAAAUUUUAAUGAUGUUGACCCUUUUAGACCCAAGUCACAAAUACAAAAUUCCCCCCUUAAAGAAACUCCAUCAAAAACUGCAGAAGCAACUGGGGGCCUUCCAGAAAAUCUUGACGAUGUUGAUCCUUUCAAAAGUAAAUCACAAAUACCAAAUUCCCCUCUCCUAGAAACAUCAUCUGUAGCAACUGGGGGUCUCCCAGAAACUCUUGACAAUGUUGAUCCUUUCAAAAGUAAAUCACAAGUACCCAAUUCCCCCCUCCAAGAAACACCAUCUGUAGCAACUGGGAGCCUUCCAGAAAAUCUUGAUGAUGUUGAUCCUUUCAAAAGUAAAUCACAGAUACCAAAUUCUCCUCUCCUAGAAACACCAUCUGUAGCAACUGGGGGCCUUCCAGAAAAUCUUGACGAUGUUGAUCCUUUCAAAAGUAAAUCACAAAUACCAAAUUCCCCUCUCCUAGAAACAUCAUCUGUAGCAACUAGGGGUCUCCCAGAAACUCUUGACGAUGUUGAUCCUUUCAAAAGUAAAUCACAAGUACCCAAUUCCCCCCUCCAAGAAACACCAUCUGUAGCAACUGGGAGCCUUCCAGAAAAUCUUGAUGAUGUUGAUCCUUUCAAAAGUAAAUCACAGAUACCAAAUUCUCCUCUCCUAGAAACACCAUCUGUAGCAACUGGGGGCCUACCAGAAAAUCUUGACGAUAUCGAUCCUUUCAAAAGUAAAUCACAAAUACCAAAUUCUCCUCUCAAAGAAACACCAUCCGUAGCAACUGGGAGCCUACCUGAAAAUCUUAAUGUUGUUGAUCCUAUUAAAUUGAAGUCCCAAAUUGUCAAUUCUCCAGAUAGGAAAACUGAAUCAACAGCUUUGGCUAAGCCUAUUGCUGACAUGGAUGGUAUUGAUCCAUUCAAGACAAAAUCCCAAGUUAUGAAUUCACCUGAAAAGCCUACUACUGAAGUGAAACAAGAUGCUCCUGAUGCCAUGGCUGAAACAGAAAACAAACCUACAGCUUGUGACCAACAGUUAGACUUUGAUAACCUUGAUCCCUUCAAAACCGAGACCUGUGUGGCUAAUUCUCCAGUGAAACCUGUCUCAGCUAUGCCGGAUGGUGAUUGUGCUGAUCCAUUCAAAACCAAGUCUCAGAUUCAGAACUCCCCAGGCCCACUAUCUAAUGCUGAUCCUUUUCAAACCAGAACCAAGCUGCCCAAAUCCCCAGUAAAAACUGACAAUCAUGCAAUCACAGACAAUGAAAUCGUUGAUCCUUUUGCGUCACUCUCCAAAGUGCAGAAUUCUGGAAAGGUUGAAGGAGUCCCAUUCCAAAGCAAGUCCAAGGUGGCCAGCUCUCCUCCCAAACUAUCUGGUGAUAUGACUGGCUUGGACCCCUUCGCACCCAGUGUACAGAACCAGAAUGCACAAUUAAAGCAACCAUCUGGUUUACCAGCAGAGUUAAAUUUAAUGGAGGACCCCUUUGCAACCAAACUGAAAGUUGCAAAUUCACCUGUAGGAAAGACGCAGGCAGCUGCACCUGUGAAGACAAAUUUAGAAGCUCCUCAACAACAACCGGUCCAGGCAAUUUCUCUUGAUCCUUUUGAUAAUCUGGAUGCUUUUAACCCUUUCCUGUCAAAGCCAGGGAUGGGAAAUACUCCUAACAGAAACGCCAACAAUAAUGGGCUCCCUAAGACUCCUGUGCAGAAUUUUGGUGGGAUGGAUCUCCUAGGCAACAACGUCAUGUGCAUGAUUGCCACAGGGGAUACAGCUGGUGGACAAGAGGAUAUGAACUUUGUCCAAGAUGACUUCAGACCUGCAAAUGAAGUGUUCAGUGAUCCAAAUGUUUGGGACAUGUUGGAGACCUUUGGCAGUAACAACACUAAUGUGGAGUCUGAUCUGUCACGUAUGUCGCUAUACGUCAAAUUUGAUCCUCUGGUCAACUCUAAACCAGCCCACAGCCCUGCAGGAAUAGCACGUGGAAUACAGAAGAUGGAAGUUGUUAAAGAUGGUGAUGAAAGUAUCAUGUUGAUGGGCACGCCACCACGUGGUGGAGGUCGACGCAGAUCCAUACUCGUCCAGCGCAGACCUCCAGCUGCCGUAUCCAAAACCAUCUUUGAAGAGGAAGAUGGAGAAGACAAGAAGGAGAAGGAAACGAAACCCCUCCUGGUGGAUCUCAUUUUCUCGUGUAGUCCGGAAGCAGAGGAAAUCCAACAGGAGAAGAAAUCAGUUCAGACUGAAGGUCAGACUCACGAUGAGAUUCAAGGUCAGGCAGCCUCUGCAGUUACACAAGAUACUAAGAAAGAUGAAACUUUCUUUGAAGUUGUAGAGGUGCUGAAGUACUCUGAGACGGAUGUCAAGAAGAUGCUAAAAAAGCUGAGACAGGAGCUGACCAUGGAAUCUCAGGGGAGACAACUCACCAUGGAGCAGGAGUUGAGUAAAAAGCAAACAGCCCUCAGUGUGGAAGCCAAGCACUAUAAGGAGUUAGCCGAACAGCUGGAGGUCAAAAACAAACAGAUGAGACAAGUCGUUGUUGAAUACGAAUCCUUCAUCAAUGAGCUAGUCAACGAAAAGGAAAAGAAUUCAUCCGAAUCUAAAGAAUCCAAAAACAAGUUAAAGAGUGAAAGAAAUCAGGCUAUAGAGGACCUACAGUCUGUGGAGAAGUCCUUCGCUGAUCUGCAUCGGCGGUAUGAGAAGGUUAAGUCAGUGCUGGAAGACUAUAGAAAGAAUGAAGACACAUUGAAGAAGACAAACAAGUCGCUCAUCGCAAAGAUGCAACAGCAAGACGAAGCAAUGAACAAGUUGAAGACUCAAGCUGAGACAAAGCUCAAACAAGCACAUGAAGAGAGGGAGAAAGAGAAAUCAAGUAGCAAUGUUGAAAACAUCAAACUACAGGCUGUCCUCAAGAAGAGUUUACUUCAUUCACAAGGUCUGGAGAAAUCCCUGGAACAGAAGGGCAAGGAGAUAGCUGAGCUGACAGACCUCUGUGACACACUGAUUGCCAAGGUCGGAGGAGGGUCGUGAUGUCGGGGAGCAAACAGCAGUUUAUAAAACACAGAACUGUCUCCACCAUCAAGGGAUUACAUCUCGACACCUGGACCUCAUGUUUCUUGUUGAUGCAUCUGUUGUAGAAAUGAGGAACAACUGCGUUACUUUGUUUUACAUUAUAGAGGUGACCAGCUUGUAUCAUGACUUGAUCAUGGAGCUGAAACCAAACUGGGAAACAGUGUGUCAUAUAGUUCACCAGAUGGAAUGCUACACAGGGUCAAGAAAAGCUGACUGCCUACUGUGUCCAAUGAGAAUUCAAUGAGUCAGUGAUGAAACCUAUUUUAUCCUGACUUUGCACGUGGAAUAAGAGCAGUUUGCUCCCGACAAGUUGCAUUUUGACUUAUUGGUUGAUAUGAAUUUAGUCUCCCAGCUGCUUAGUGCUGUUCAUUGACUGAAGUGCUGUCUCAAGUGCUAUGUUGUGUGUGAUGUUGUUGUUGCACACUGACUGGUUGAUGCCUAUAACAAGGAAGGUGGAUGUACGCUUUAAAACUCAUUUGUGAAACUUAUAUUAAUAAAUUCAGGAGUGACUAGUGUUGGUUGGGAAACACAAAUGUUUUGUGGUUUUUCCUUUUUUUUCGACAUUUGGGGUGGGUGGAGGGAGGUGUCUAAGAUUUAGUCUUGUGUUUGAUUGUAUAUACAUUAUUGGACACACCUUUAUAUGAUAUUUGUUGUCUCAAACGACUCCAGUUAAAAGAAAUUGACAGAUUUAGCAUCUGUGAAGUAUAGUUUAAAAUUGAAAGAAAUAUUAGAUAGCAGUUUCUUGUGUACAUCUUGAAGCUUAAUGAAUAAUCUUGCAUAUUGUAACAGUGUUGGUGGUAAUAUAUUGAAAUACUGAACUUGUGUCUAUUAGAAGUUGAUGCAUGUCAUCUUGUAGCAUUUAAUAUCAUGUUCCAACAGUGCAAUGAUGUUGUAUGACCCUAUUACUAGUAUGAGGCUCCUGGUGUAGAAUAGGACCUCAAUACUGGCGAAUUAUUAUUCUUAUUGGAUGGUUAUGUGUGACCUGACUGAUUGUGGGUCUUUGUGCCUCGAUAGCAUGGUCUGUUGCUCAUGCCAUCUACCACUGGUUUGCAGGGCCCGGAUAACAUUAUCUACAGGCUGCCUUGAUAUAGCUGGAAUACUGCUGACUGUGGUGCCAAACAAUAGUCACUCACUAGAGUUGAGGUCUGGUAUCAUCAUUCAUGUUUGUCAGUUUGUAAAUGUUAUUCUGAUAAUGCCAUUAUUUAUGUUGACUAUAUUCAACCCAAUCUUGCACUCUUUACUUGGGUCACAAAGUCUCUUUGUCCAUCACUUCUCUAUACAUCUGUACAUCUCACAAACACAACAGAGACGGAUCCAGGAUUGUAUAUGGCGGUGGCACUUUAGUUUCCUUUAGGGGAGGGCAGAGUUAACUUUAGAAUUUUUAUGGUAUCUUUUGCUUGUCAAUAUACAAGAAUUAUCUGUAAAACUAAGGCUAUUUCUGUUUUUUCCCAUAGGGUACAGACCAUAACUAGAUCAUGGUGUGCCGCAUCUAAAUCCCGCCACCCAAACCUGAUCCGCCACUUGGUAACAUAACCACACAGAUGAUUCCCUUUACAUGCACGUCAUUUUCAUUCUUUGUUUGAUCUCACUCUUGUCUCACAUCUCACACUCACCUGACAUCAGGGUGAUCAAUAAACUCACUACUCAUA